GAGAGAGAGAGAGAGAGAGAGAGGGCUACUAUAUUGCAAUUUCUUCCGAGUAGAAUGGAGAGACGACCAACACGAUAUAGAUAUUAGACUCUCUCACUUCCUCUGUAAAACCCUAAACGCACCAAUCGAUCUUUAUAUUCUUCAUUUCUUCUUCAUAUUCCCUCUCUUUCUCUCCCCCUCCAUCCCUCUCUCUCGGUUCUCUCUUUGUAUCCGGAUUCCGAUCCUUCCCAGCGCAGAUCGAUCCGUUGCGAUUACUUGGCUGGUUCUUGUUGUUUUCUCAAUCCAAACCUCCGCGCUUUUCGCGCUUUCUCUGAGAUCUUUUCAGGGGGUGGGUUUUGUCGAUCGAUUUCGAUUUGAAUAUUUUAGGGUUUACAUUUGAUUCGUCAAGGCUGGCUGGGUUCGAGGGCAAGUAAAUGGCGGAUCCGCCAGGCGUCCGCCCCCUAUUGGUAUUGUUAGAAGCUGCGAGAGCCGUCGCUGUUAUUGGAUCAUUAGGGUUUCACGAGGUUGUGGAAGUGCGAGAGCGGGAAGCAUGCUGAGCGUGCUGCGCGUGCACCUUCCGUCCGACAUUCCGAUUGUAGGCUGCGAGCUCACGCCCUACGUGCUGUUGCGCCGCCCUGACAAAUCCGUUACCACCGACGAUGUCCCUGAGUCGAGCCCUCUCGACGGCCACUUCCUGAGAUACAAGUGGUAUCGUAUACAAAGUGAUAGAAAAGGUUCUGUCUGUAGUGUACAUCCAUCUGAGCAAGCUACUUUGCAGUGCCUUGGUUGUGUCAAGGCCAAAAUUCCUGUUGCCAAAAGUUACCAUUGUUCUCCUAAGUGUUUUUCAGAUGCGUGGCAGCAUCAUCGUGUCCUACAUGACCGUGCUACCAGUGCUGUAAAUGAGAAUGGAAAUGAGGAGGAAGAGCUAUUUGGACGCUUCAAUAGUACAGGGUCUGGUGGUAUCAAUCCUAGCUUACCUGGUUCAGGAUCAAGCCCUAGUUUGGCAAAUGGUUCAACACCCAUGUAUCCUGCUGCAGUUACACAAAGGAGUGGCGGUGAAACUUGGUUUGAAGUUGGACGCUCUAAAACAUAUACUCCAACUGCUGAUGAUAUUGGCCAUGUUCUUAAGUUUGAAUGUGUUGUAGUGGAUGCAGAGACUAAAUUACCUGCAGGACAUGUCAACACUCUAAUGACUUCUCGUGUCAUUCCAGCUCCCUGCCCAAGUCCACGCCGGUUGAUAUCAGUUGGUGGAAUUGAUGUGAUGGGCCAUUUGGAUGCAGAUGGUCGUAUUUUAUCCUCAGGAACAUUUACUGUGCUCUCAUACAACAUUUUGUCUGAUGUGUAUGCAACAAGUGAAUCAUAUGGUUACUGCCCUUCAUGGGCUCUUUCUUGGCCUUAUCGUCGGCAAAAUUUGUUGCGGGAAAUAGUUGGUUACCGGGCUGAUAUUGUCUGCCUUCAAGAGGUUCAAAGUGACCACUUUGAGGAGUUUUUCUCUCCUGAAUUGGACAAACAUGGUUAUCAAGCUCUCUACAAAAGAAAAACAGCAGAGGUUUUCAGCGGAAAUAUUCAUACAAUUGAUGGUUGUGCAACAUUUUUCCGUAGAGAUAGGUUCUCACAUGUCAAAAAAUAUGAGGUUGAAUUUAAUAAGGCUGCACAAUCUUUGACUGAUGCUGUGGUUCCAAGUGCUCAGAAGAAAACAGCUUUAAGUCGAUUGGUUAAGGAUAAUGUUGCACUGAUUGCUGUUCUGGAGGCAAAAUUUAGUAACCAGGGGGCUGACAAUCCUGGGAAACGUCAGCUUCUUUGUGUGGCAAACACGCAUGUAAAUGUUCACCAAGAUCUAAAGGAUGUGAAGCUCUGGCAGGUUCACACACUUUUAAAAGGAUUAGAGAAAAUAGCUGUCAGUGCUGAUAUUCCAAUGUUGGUGUGUGGGGAUUUCAAUGCUGUUCCAGGAAGUGCUCCUCAUGCACUUCUUGCAAUGGGGAAAGUUGAUCAAAUGCAUCCAGAUUUAGCAGUAGACCCACUUGGAAUUUUACGUCCAGCAAGCAAGCUAACACAUCAGCUGCCGUUGGUCAGUGCUUACUCAUCCUUUGCAAGAAUGGGGGUUGGUCUUUCCUUGGAGCAACAAAGAAGAAAAAUGGACCCUACCACAAAUGAGCCUUUAUUUACGAAUUGCACUAGAGAUUUUAUUGGCACCCUUGAUUACAUAUUUUACACAGCGGACUCUCUAACAGUGGAAUCCUUACUGGAGCUUUUGGAUGAGGAUAGCUUAAGAAAAGACACAGCGCUUCCUUCCCCUGAAUGGUCUUCUGAUCACAUAGCACUAUUAGCUGAAUUUCGCUGCAAGUCUAGAACAAGACGUUGACACUCCAUGGUAACUGUGAUCAUUACUACUGAAACUCGCCAUGCUGAAUUCUAGUCUGACACUGCAAUAUAGGAUUUAGCUGUGUUGAGCCUUUAGUUGACUUACAUUUGGUGGUGAUGUUCUCAAUCUUUGUUGCUGUUUUGUUAUUCAAGUAAUCUCAAGUGUCGAAUACUUGUAUAUUGGACUCGUGGACUAAUAAAUGCUCGGACUCUUCACAAAAAUCUGUCAGGCUUGGUUUGUUAGCACCUGGCAGCGCUAAUGCUAUUUUGCAUUUUGAACAGUAGGUUUGUGGUUUCUCUGGAUUUUAAUCCCAUCAACUCAGCUGUUUUACAACCUUAUGAUCUGACUUGUGAUAAUUAUUUUCAGAUUUGUUUAGGCUGUGUUUGGGAUUAUAAAAUCAGGGCCUUCAAAUUGGUGUGGAAUUGGACAAAGCAUGGUGUAAUUGUUUAUUGGGCUUCAUCAAAUCCCACAUAAUUCCACACCCAAUGCAAAAAUCAUGGUGUCUUGAUUGUGCCAUUUCUCAAAUUCUCAGUUAGAAGGGAGACUUUAAAUUCAACUAUAUUACAAUACACCAAAUUCACAGUAAGAACAGACAUAGAGUGAGUCCCAUAAUGUUGAGCAAGUGAAUAUCCUGUUAAACAGCUGUAUUUUUUGUCCUAAUUGAGCCGAGCAUCUCCCCUUCUCAUUGUGUGCGGCGCGCGCUCCUCUGAUUUGUUCAACAAAUGUUGGGAGUGUUUUCACUUACCUGCCGAUGUAUGUUUGUUCACUGUAGGUCAGACCUGAAGACGUUUGGGGUCGAUAAAAAGGCUGAUGAGGGGAAGGGGAUGAGAAGUUAAAUUAUUGUAAGAAUUGUGUAGAUCAUAUGCAUAUGCAACCCUUUUGUUAUUUUUCCAGGGUUUAAAUCUCCUGGCUGAGAUAAAUCCCUUCGCUGCUAUAUGAUCUGCUUUGUAUCAUGCCACCGUUUGUCUCAUAGAAAAAAAAAUUAUGAUCAUUGUCAUUUA